UGACUCGCGUUCUCUGCGUCGUCUGCGAUCCGUCCCACCAACCUUCUCUCGAAAAGGAAACAAACAGCAAGAACCAGAGAGAGAGCGCUAGAGAGAGAGAGGAGAGCGAGAGACCUAGAAAUUAUCGCUUGGUAUCUCUCAUUCGCUAAUUUUGGUUGAGUUGUAGAUUUUCUAGGUUUACAGAGAAUGUCUCUGACAUGUGUAAAGAUGUCUGAGGAUGUGUGGUUAACGUGUCUUACCCAUGCAUUGUCCACUGAAACUGAGGAGAUCAUGGGGCUUCUUCUUGGUGAUAUUGAGUACUCAAAAAAUGGGAAUGUCACGGCGCUAAUCUGGGGUGCAGCACCCCAGUCUCGAUCUGACAGAAGGAAGGACCGAGUAGAGACAAAUCCUGAACAAUUGGCUGCUGCGUCUGCUCAGGCUGAAAGAAUGACUGCAUCAACGGGAAGAACAACAAGAGUGAUUGGAUGGUACCAUUCACAUCCUCAUAUUACAGUUCUACCCUCUCAUGUUGAUGUGCGGACUCAGGCAAUGUAUCAACUUCUAGAUUCUGGGUUUAUUGGGCUAAUAUAUUCCUGUUUCAGUGAAGAUGUAAAUAAGGUUGGCAGAAUCCAAGUUAUCGCGUUCCAGUCCUCAGAUGGGAAUCAUAGUUCCAUGCCAAGACCUAUUUCUCUAUCACCUAUAAAUGGUUCAAUUAUUGAUGUUGAAUCAUCUUUAAGUUCCUCAGAAAAUACACCAACAAGAUCCAGAUCUGCAAAGGCGGAGAGCCCAGAGCUGGACACCAGUAAUUCAGGAAUAGCUGGAGGAACUAGUAAGGAUGGAGGAAAAUCUUCAAAUUUGGGGGGCUUCUUUGCUAAUGCUGAUGCCAAUUAUGUUGGAAGAGAAAAAACCGGUGGAGAUUAUCACACUGACAAUUUAGAUAGUGCUGUUGUUGAUAUUGACCCCAUGGAUAUGUCAGAAAGUAUGCAAGAAGCUAUGCACCGUUCAAAUUUGGACAUGAGUGGUGCUGAAUAUGUUCGAAAAGAGAUACCUCUUCAUGUUUUGCCAACCUCAUCUCUGCUUAAGCUCGAGUCACCCCUAAAGUCAUUUGCGGAUUUGCAACAUGUUCUAUAUGAGGAGGAGCGAGCAGCAUAUAACCAAGCCAUCCUGGCAAAUAUGAGGGAUGGAAAAGUGCAUCCCCUUACUUUCAUUCAUCACACAUCGACAUAUCAGGCUUCCAUGUGCAAAUUAAUUGAAUAUUGUCUGAGUCCGGCCAUUAGUGCACUGCAGGAACGCUUGAAAGAGAAUGAAAUUCGGCUAGCGAUGCUGAUUGAUGAAGCCAAGAUUUUGGAGACCGAGGCUUUUAGGGGGACAGAGUCACCUAAUUUAUCUCCACGUCAUGGUACUUCUCAUGGAGUUAGAGGAAGCCCUGUGGGUCACAGGGACUCCCGUAGUUCAGCUGAGCCUGCCAAUUUGAGGACCGUGUCUGGUUCUGGUAGCCGAAGCAGAAAAAUGUUUUGAAAAGAAGCCCAGGCAAUACGAACCGUGUCCCAAGUGCUUUUGUGAUUUUCAUUUGGCUUUGGCCAUAGGAGCUUUUACAACUUGGCUGGUAGUUGGGUUCCGCCGUUUGAGGAUUCUGCAGCAGGUUUUGGAGGAGCUUCUUAUCAUGCAAUUGUGAUCUAUCUUGAGAAUUUUGCAAAAGAAAGGCCAUAGAUGGUCAAUGUAGUUAGAAGAAUGUAUAUAUCUCCUCCCCGGCUCAUUAUGCAAGGUUGUGUGGCACAAACCUUGCUGCUCUGUUGUAUGGGAUUCUUAGAUCAAGCUUAUGCUUAUCAUCACAUAAAGCCCAUUUGCGGCUUUUGUAUCUCUUUAAUUAUUUGGUAAUCCUAAUGGAAUGAAUGCUGUGCAUAAGAGCUGUUAUGUCACCUGGGUUAAGCCACUGAAUCAAACCAUUUCUUGUUUUGAUGCUCUAAUGGAAGUAGCCUUUUUAUUUUA